AAUAUAAUCAAUAAUCAGUAUGACGACCGUUAGCAUUCUUUACAGCACGAAGACGUGACGGAUACGAACAUAAGAGAGUUUCAUAUAAUUCAAUAUCCGUUUCCAUAUUUUUCAAAACAUCUGAAAUGUGUUUCUUCAAAGUUUUUCCUCGAUAACGAUCAUGUUCCGUUUCUAAUAGCAUUUUCUUUUCAACUUCAUUUUUAAUUACUGUUCCAAUAUGUUCAGCCACAUUUAGACCAGGCGAGUUUCCGGGCCAAGUGUCAUUUCCCCAGAAUUUGAUGUUAUUGUCUUGAAGCAAAUGUUGAGUCAUAUUUGCUCGCAUGCAUGGUGCUUUGUUAUGGACAAAUAUUACUUCAUCCGGAUCGAUAACAUUUUCUUCAUUUUUUAGAAAUGGUAUCACAUGUUUCCAUUAGAAUUGUAUCACGAAAAUAUUGGCUCGUCCAAGAUUCACCUUUGUCUUUGAUAACCCAAUGUAACUUUUUGGCAGUAAAAAUCACAAAAAUCCCAAUACACACUUGAUUUUUAACCAUUUCACGAUAUCUUUCAUCGUCUUCUAUAUCUUCAAUACUUUUUGCCCAGACUCGAUCAUUUUGAUAAUUUGGUCAGCGAACGAUCCAGACAUAAAAUUCAUCUGAUGGCGCAAGGUGUAGAAAGUCUUCUUUAGUCCAGUCUUUUAACCAAUCGCAGAACCACAAUCGAUUAGAAAUAUGAGUUUCUGUUUUUAACGGUUUUGGAAUAACAUGAAAAGGCUUUAGUCCUUCUCUGGAACGAUAAUUAUCGAUGGUUUUUCGAACAACAUAUUCGUUUUGCUUUUCUGCAAUUUCUUUCGCCACAAUAUAAGAGCUUUUCCCUUGUUUGCCACUGGCGUUCAGAAUGAUAUUUCUACUCGCUUCUGAUAACUUCAGUUUACGACCAGAUUUCGAAUAAUCAGCAAAACAUUCAUCAUAUGAUUUCUCCCACCACUCAGUAACAAAUCGAGUAGUUCGAUGAAUUUUCUGUGCAAUCCAUUGUCGAUUAAUAAAUGUUGCAUCCUCAUCGCGAGCUUCACGAAAAGUGAUGCAUUUAAUUCUAUCGACCAUUCUUUGCUCUUCGUUGUCGUAAGUACCAGCCAUUUUCAAUUAAUAAAUUUAACUGAUCAAUCAAUUUGGUAUACUUUUUCUAUUUAUAGAGUUUGUCUAUCACUAAUGACUUUAUAUAAGGUCUUACGAACAUUUAAAAUUCUUUUUCGAGAAAUUUCUAAGAUAAAAUAGGAAUGAGAAAAAAUAACGUUGACUAGCUGCUACCAUGAGUCAUUAUCCUUGGAAAAUGAAAGAAAAUUAUUUUUCUUCUAUAACAUUAAUACUAUGCGAAAGAACAGAAACGAAAAAUGAGUGCAAACGAGCAAGUCACUUAGAAGAAUAUAAAUGUGCACUGUUUUAUCUUUUCUAGUAUAAUUCCAAUACAUCGUUAUUCACAUUUCAGAGAGAUAAAAGACAAAAGAAAGCAAAAAAAAAUAAUCGUAGUUUCAGCUUUGAAGCACGUUGAAUUCUUAUAACACCGAUAGAUCGACGGAUAUAUGUAGGAAAAACAAUUCCAUUCUGGUCAAAUGAUUCAUUAUUUACAGAGUAUCGCCAUUAUAUUUCAAAAAUUGGUUCAGUUCAACAUAGAAAAGUUUCCAUAUCCCUUACUAUUUAGUACUGCUAAAUCCCGUUUUUGACGCGCUUUAAUUUGGUAUAAAAUUUGUUAUGAUUGCUAUUUGAAAUCAUAGCGUUAUCCCCCUGGAAUAAUAUUUUUACCCACCUAGUAUUUCGAGCAUGGGAAGAACAACUUGAUCAAUCAAAAGUAUAUUUUGUAUUUGAUUUAUUCAAAUAAAAUACUAUGAAUACGUGUUGUUUUUUUUUUGAAAGGCAGUUGAAAGUGAUGAUGAACAACAAUAACUUUUCAGUAUACCAUUUAAUGGUGCUGUGAAAAUAACUGGUCUAUGUGUUAUUGAUGAAAAUGGUCCAUCACAUCCGAAUACAGUUAAAUUAUGGAGUAAUUUACCUGAAUUACGUUUUGAUAAUGCACAUGGAAAAGCUCAUCAAGAAAUUUCACUUACAUAUGAUCCAUCCGGUACAUUAGCUUAUCAAGUCAAUCCAUCACAUUUUUCACGUGUAACACAUUUAUCUUUAUAUUUUCCUUCGAAUUUCGGUGAUGAAACAACUCGUAUUUAUUAUAUUGGUCUUCGUGGUGAAUAUCUUGGUGAAGUAAAAUCUAAAAUAGUCAUUACAACGUAUGAAACUAGACCACAAUUAAAAGAUCACAAAGUGGAUGAUUUUUUAACAGGCAAUCGUGAAAUACAAUAA